AUGCACCCGACCUAUGUUUCUCUGGCUAUCAUGGCCGUCGGCGCCGCUGCCGCGCCUUCUUUCCCCAAGCCCGGCAACAGUGACCCCUUCAACAGCUAUCCGUUCAUGUCGGACACUUCCUCCGCGGUAGAAGAUGACGACGGCAUGGAAAACCCCAUACCCGCCUACAUGGAGGCCAUGCAGAUUGCCGAGUCCGCCGAAUCUGGCAACUACAACCCAGGCCCGGCGUCGUCUGCUGCCCAGCCUGCCCAGCAAGCUGCACCUACCUACCAGGCACCGCAGCAGGAGGCUCCUCCCAGCUACCAGGCCCCCAAGGAGGAGCCAGCACCGGUCCAGCAGGCUGCUCCGGCUUCCACCUACCAGGCACCGCAACAGGAGGCUUCCCCCAGCUACCAGGCCCCUCAGGCCGACCCUGCGCCUCCCUUCCAGACCCCCAAGGAGGAGCCAGUACCGGUCCAGCAGGCUGCUCCGGCUCCCACCUUCCAGACUCCUCCGCCAGUUGCUCCUCAACCGACUCAGGCUGCGGUUGUCAUGCCGAGUCACAAGCACCACUCGCUGAACAUCCCGGCGCCCAUCUCCAACAUUGCCCCGGCCCCGGCGCCUCUGUCGGACCCUGUUCCUCCCAUGCAGAUGUCGACUUCGUCGUCCUCUGAUGAUAUGCCCAUGAUCUCGGAGGUCCCUAUGAUGCAACCUAUGUCCGAGGAGAUGCCCGCGCUGCCUGACCAGCCCGAAACCUACUCUUCUUCUUUCUCUACUGAGGCUGUUGUGACCAUUGCUCCUAUUCCUACCCACUCUGUCAUGCAAACUCCCCAGCCCAUCCCUCAACCCGCGUCCUCGUCGACGCACCCGGCCAUGAUCAUGCCCACCACGCACUCUGUCAUGGUCCAGCCGAGUCCCACCUACCAGAUCAUCGUCAGCAUGACCACCAAGGCUCGUCCUACCCACUCCGCCAUGAUCCACGAGCAGCACUUGUCCUCGGCUAAGGAGUCUUCGUCGUCUGCUACUCCCUCGAGCUCGGCGACUCCCUCUCCUAGCUCUACCCCUGCCAACCCAAUGGGCUCCCUGGGUAAUGCCCUGGACAACGUCCCCAUCCUCGGCGAUCUGCUCGGCCGUCUGGGCAUCUAA